UCAAGAAGAUUCAUUUCCACAGAGAUACAAGAAAUGGCAUCUUUCAACAAAUUAAAAAAUGUGCUAAUGCUGGUGUUUGACUCGAUCCUGUAUGGUGCUGGUGUUGCAGGUCACUGCCAAGUCACUGUAACACAGCCCCCGACUCAGAAAACAGACUCCUCCAUGAACAGUGUGUCCCUAAGUUGCACCUUCUCUGCCUCUGGAUGCCCCUCGUCCUCGCUGGAAAUCCUGUGGUUUCGCUAUUUAACCAACACACAUCAGGAUUUGUGUACUCCUGAAUGCACAGACCAUCAGAAGUACAAAGUACAUUCAACAAAAAAUAGCACCCUACUUGAGAUAAAAGAUCUGACUGUACAUGACAGCGCUGUUUAUGUCUGUGGAAUAGCAUUUUUAGACUCAGAUUCACCCCUUUCUAAACAAACAGGAGACGGAACAGUACUAACGGUAACAGAGAAGCAGCACAGCAAUGGAAAACUCAUCUCCAUGAUCAUUGCCUCAUCCUCACUGUUCCUGUACAGCUCUGCUGUUCUCACUUCCUUUGUGGUCUACAAGUUAAAACCAAAGCUGCUAAAGAAAUGUGGGAAAGACCAAACAACAGAGAACUGUAAAAUAAAUAGCGGCCGAAAAGUUUUUCAAGCAAUUGCUCAAGAACUUCAAAAGAAGAGAUAUGUUCGACACUGCCAACAGCCUGAUGAUUUGGAAGAUGACACUGUUUAUCAGAACAGAUGAGCACAUGCAGCACUUCAGAUGUGUUCAACAGUUCUCCUGCAAGCAAAGGACCAGGUGAGGAAGUUAAACUUCUUCACAGACUUCCUUUGCUUUAAAGGGAGAGGAAAAAACCUUGCAGGGCAGUGCUCUUUGGGAGUAUGUUCUAAAUAGCUCACCAGAACCAAGUCCAUUGUACCUUACAUCUCUGUUACAUAUUUCAUUUUCCAUUUCCAAGAACCCUGGAAAAAACUUCAUCUUUGUAA